GCGCCCUUCGAGGUGGGGGGCCGAGGUACCUAGACGGAGUCCGCGCGCGCGGCCGCUCUGAGCCUCCGUGAGGCGUGGCGGAGCCUCAGGGCGGGGAAGAUUCGUCUUCAUCUUCACCUACAGAGAGAACAUGGCUCCUGAGCAAAGGGAAGCGGGGUCUCAGGUGUCAGUGACAUUCGAGGAUGUGGCCGUGCUCUUUACUCGGGAUGAGUGGAAGAAGCUGGACCACUCUCAGAGAAGCCUGUACCGGGAGGUGAUGCUGGAGAACUACAGCAACCUGGCCUCCCUGGCAGGAUUCCCGUUUACCAAACCAAAGGUGAUCUCCCUGCUGCAGCAAGGAGAGGAUCCCUGGAAGGUGGAGAAAGAAGGACCUGGAGGCUCCUCUCUGGAAUUGAAGCACUGUCAUAGAACCACCAAGUCAACUCAAACACAAGACUCUUCAUUUCAGGAACUGAUUCUGAAAACAUCUAAAAGAAAUGAAACUUUGAACUUGAAGUCAGAAAAUCCUUUCAUAUAUGAAGGGAAAUUAGAGGAAAAGCAGGAUAAGAAUGCUUUGACUAUAGAAAGAAGCCGAAAAAACAAUGAAUUUAGUCCAAAGUCACAUGGAGAAAAAAAGUCACCAGAAUGUGAAAAACAAGACACUUUCAAGCAAAUAGCAUCAUGUAUAUCUAAUCACCCAACAACCACACCAGAUAAACGCUAUAAAUGUAGUAUGUGUGAGAAAACUUUCAUCAACACCUCAUCUCUUCGUAAACAUGAGAAAAACCACAGUGGAGAGAAAUUAUUUAAAUGUAAAGAAUGCUCAAAAGCCUUUAGCCAAAGUUCAGCCCUUAUCCAACAUCAAAUAACUCAUACUGGAGAGAAGCCUUAUGUAUGUAAAGAAUGUGGUAAAGCCUUCACUCUCAGUACAUCCCUUUAUAAACACCUAAGAACCCACACUGUAGAGAAAUCCUACAGGUGUAAGGAAUGUGGUAAAUCCUUUGGUCGAAGGUCAGGUCUUUUUAUACACCAGAAAGUCCAUGCUGGAGAUAACCCUUUUAAAUAUAAUCCAGGUAGGAAGUCAUCUAGCACAUCCCUUCCUGGGCAGAGAAUCCAUUCCAGAAAGAAGACCUACUUGUGUAACGAGUGUGGCAACACCUUUAAGUCUAGCUCAUCCCUUCGCUAUCACCAGAGAAUCCACACCGGAGAGAAACCUUUCAAAUGUAGCGAAUGUGGCAGAGCCUUCAGUCAGAGCGCUUCACUUAUUCAACAUGAAAGAAUUCACACUGGAGAAAGGCCCUACAGGUGUAAUGAAUGCGGAAAAGGCUUCACUUCUAUCUCAAGACUCAACAGACACCGAAUAAUUCACACUGGGGAGAAGUUUUAUAAUUGUAAUGAAUGUGGCAAAGCCUUAAGUUCCCAUUCAACUCUUAUUAUUCAUGAGAGAAUUCACACUGGAGAGAAACCAUGUAAAUGUAAAGUCUGUGGGAAAGCCUUCAGACAGAGUUCAGCUCUGAUCCAGCAUCAGAGAAUGCACACUGGAGAGAGACCUUAUAAAUGUAAUGAGUGUGGGAAGACAUUCAGGUGCAAUUCAUCCCUCAGUAACCAUCAGCGAAUUCAUACUGGGGAGAAGCCGUACCGAUGCCAGGAAUGUGGGAUGUCAUUUGGUCAAAGUUCAGCUCUUAUUCAGCACCGAAGGAUUCAUACUGGUGAGAAACCCUUUAAGUGCAACACAUGUGGGAAAACCUUUAGGCAGAGCUCUUCACGUAUUGCACAUCAGCGAAUCCAUACAGGAGAGAAACCCUAUGAAUGUAACACAUGUGGGAAACUUUUCAACCAUAGGUCAUCCCUUACCAAUCAUUAUAAAAUUCAUGUGGAUGAGGACUCUUAAAGUAAAUUUGCAAAUGUAAAAAGCCUUAAACCAAAGCUCUUCAGAGAAUACGUGCUUGAGAGAUAUAAUAAAAAUAAUGAAUAUGGGAGAAAAUCCACAAUCAACUAAAUGCCGUGGAUAAAUUUUGUGUAACAGGAGGAAAGUAUUCAGACCUGUUCAACACUUUAAAAAAAAUUGUUUGAGAGCCAUGCAUAGUGGUUCAUUCAUGUGGUCGUAGCUACUGAGGACCCUGAAGUAUGAGGAUUGCUUGAGUCUAUGAGUUUGAAGCAGCCUGAGGAAACCUAGGAAGAUCCCAUCUCAAAAAAAAAAAAAAAGUCAUCUGUGAUGAAGGCCCUGACUUCAGGCGUUUGUAAAAUGGUGCUUUUCUCUCUGCAGCACUGUGUGCUUGAUGUAAUUGUAAUCACAGGCAUCUAGUGCGCAGAAGGGUGUGCUGCACUUCUUAUUAGCAAAACACUAAACCCUUAUACUGGUGAUAUUUUUAUAACAUUUUAAUAAUAUCCAAGUGAUCAAAGAAGUUACACAUUUUUUAAAAGGGGCCAAAAUAAAAGAUUAAAAUGGACUAUAAUCUACCUCUUAGUCUCUGGAGUUUAUCAUUUUCUAUAUCUGAUUUCAAAUGUUGUGUGUGAA